AUGCACGCUCCCCGAAAUAGUCUCCUUUCUGCAGCAGCAGCAGCAGCAGCAGCAGCAGCAGCAGCAGCAGAAAAGGCGGCAGCAGCAACAGCAGCAGCAGCAGAAAAGGCGGCAGGAGCAGCAGCAGAAAAGGCGGCAGGAGCAGCAGCAGAAGAGAAGCAGCAGGAGCAGCAACAGAAGAAAAUUGAGGUUUUAGUCUAA